UUUACGACUGUAAUUUUUGGCGUCAAAUUCACAUUAGGUGGUUAUUAGUUGUAGACAGCUUAUAUUAUUACCAGAUGUAAGUUAGCUUCUGUUUUUAGACACUUUAACCUAGAUUUAACCACGAGCAAAUCGCAAUGUAUAUUCGUCUGAUUGUUUCUGCUUUAUAAAUCAAAUAUAAAAGACAACUGGUUAUAUUUCUUCUUGUAUUCCAAGAUUACUGUACUGAGUUAGUUGAUUUCUCGACGAAAGUUUCGCUUACUGACGAUCAGAGGAUCCACUAUAUGCCGAAGAAACUCGGGACAUGUCCGAAAUCAUUGGAGGCUCGAGAAAGACGAGCCGAAAAGAAGCGAGAAGAGCGAGAAAUCACACUAAAAAAGGCUGAGGAUGAGUAUUGGAGAGAUGAUGACAAGCAUUUGAAUAAAAAACAACAACGGAAAGAGGAAAAAGAUUCAAAGCGUCUGGAGCUAAUAGAGAGAAAAAAGGAAAAAGAAAAGCUAUAUAAUGAUGAGAUCGCUGGUUUCAAGUCAUCUAAAUCCACAGUGACUAAAGAACAACCGUCAAAGCUUACACAAGCGCAAAUUGCCGAAGCCCAAAAAAAAAUAGAAGCUCAGUUAAUAGCUUUAAACCAAACUACUCAGAAAUCUGAGGCUGCAGAAUUGGCUCCUAACCCAAACCGAAUUGAGAAAGAUGGUUUAGAAGCUCGUACCGUUGAAGAAGCUAUCACCAUACUAAGAGUGUUCCACCAUUAUGUCAUCACUAUUAAUAUUUCCAGGUCAUCAAUGCAAUUUAAAGUUGAGCACAGAUUUAAUCGGUUUAUUGUUCUAUGAAUCUUCUCAGAUGACUUUUGGAGAUUGGAUAGUGUCGUGUCAAAUAACUUUGUGGAAACGAUUUUGAUCUGUUGCCUAAUAUAUUUCUUAGCUAACUGACCCACGUGGUUUUUGAUAUAGGUAUAGGAAAAAUAUACAUGGCCUAAAUUUGUUUGCGAAAUCUUGGACGCAUUCAUCUCUUGUUUUCUUUCCAAUCCAUCUCAGAACCUCUUUUGUUCCUUAUAUACUGUUUCAUUACAGAAACUUGACCUGAUUGACCGAUUAUGUUUACCUUUAGAAUUUUUUCAACCAGUGUUAGAUCCUCCAUUUGGAUAGUCAGUAUCCAUGUAAUGAAGUUACGGGUAAAGUCUUUCCUCAUGUGUAGCAAGUAGAGAGUUCGCAUGGAUAAUAUUGUAUGGUGAAAUGUAACAAGAAUAAAAAAUGUAUGAGUUACCAACUGUCUCGUGUGCAUAGUGUAUUUAUCUUUUCCAAUUAAGAGG